AUGGGGUCAUUCAGUGCUGAAAUGGAAAUUGACAGUAAGAGUGAAGAAAGUCCUGAACGCGAAAGUGGAAAGGAAGAAAGUCCUGGACGCAAGAAAAGUGGAAAGGAAGAAAGUCCUGGAUGCGAGAAAAGUGGAAAGGAAGAAAGUCCUGUAUUCGCAAAAGUAGAGAGGAAGAAAGUCCUGGACGCGAGGAAAGUGAAAUGGAAGAAAGUUCUGGAAAAGUGGAAAGAAGAAAGUCCUGGACGCGAAAAAAGUGGAAAGGAAAAAAGUCCUGGACGUGAGAAAAAUGAAACGGAAGAAAGUCUUGGAUGCAAGAUAAGUGAAAAGGAAGAAAGUCCUGGAUACGAGAAAAGUGGAAAGGAAGAAAGUUCUGGAUUCACGAAAAGUGGAAAGGAAGAAAGUUCUGGAUUCACGAAAAGUGGAAAGGAAGAAACUCCUGGACGCGAGAAAAGUGGAAAGGAAGAAAGUCCUGGAUGCAAGAAAAGUGAAAAGGAAGAAAGUCCUGGAUACGAGAAAAGUGAAAAGGAAGAAAGUCCUGGAUGCGCGAAAAGUGGAAAGGAAGAAACUCCUGGAUUCGCGAAAAGUAGACAGGAAGAAAGUCAUGGAUUCACGAAAAGUGGAAAGGAAGAAAGUCCUGGAUUCGCGAAAAGUGGACAGGAAGAAAGUCCUGGACAAAGUCCUGGAUUCCCGAAAAGUGGAAAGGAAAAAAGUCCUGGACGCGAGAAAAGUGGAAAGGAAGAAAGUCCUGGAUUCCCGAAAAGUGGAAAGGAAAAAAGUCCUGGACGUGAGAAAAGUGGAAAGGAAAAGUCCCGGAUUCCCGAAAAGUGGAAAGGAAAAAAGUCCUGGACGGAAAAGAAAAGUGGAAAGGAAGAAAAGUCCCGGAUUCCCGAAAGUGAAAGGAAAAAAGUCCUGGACGCGAGUGAGGAAAAGAAAGUCCUGGAUUCCCGAAGAUGGAACAGGAAGAAAGUCCUGGCGCGAAAAAUUGAAAGGAAAAGUCCCGGAUUCCCGAAAAGUGGAAGGAAACUCCUGGACGCGAGAAAAGUGGAAAGGAAGAAAGUCCUGGAUUCCCGAAGAUGGGAACAGGAAGAAAGUCCUGGACGCGGAAAAAAGUUGAAAGGAAGUCCUGGGAUUCCCGAAAAAGAGGAAAAGGAAAAAGUCCUGGCGCGAGAAAAGUGGAAAGGAAGAAGUCCUGGAUUCCCCGAAAAUGGAAAGGAAAAAAGUCCUGGACGGAGAAAUGGAAAGGAGUCGAUUCCCGAAAAUGGAAAGGAAAAAAGUCCUGGACGCGAGAAAGUGGAAAGGAAGAAAAGUCCCGGAUUCCCGAAAAGUGGAGGAAAAAGUCCUGGACGCGAGAAAAGUAGAAAGGAAGAAAGUCCUGGAUUCCCAAAGAGUGGACAGGAAGAAAGUCCUGGACGCGGAAAAAAGUUGAAGGAAGAAAGUGAUUCCGAAAGUGGAAAGGAAAAAAGUCCUGGACGCGAGAAAAGUGGAAAGGAAGAAAGUCCUGGAUUCCCGAAGAGUGGACAGGAAGAAAGUCCUGGACGCGGAAAAAAGUUGAAAGGAAGAAAGUCCUGGAUUCCCGAAAAGUGGAAAGGAAAAAAGUCCUGGACGCGAGAAAAGUGGAAAGGAAGAAAGUCCUGGAUUCCCGAAAAGUGGAAAGGAAAAAAGUCCUGGACGCGAGAAAAGUGGAAAGGAAGAAAGUCCCGAUUUCCCGAAAAGUGGAAGGAAAAAUCCUGGACGCGAGAAAAAGUGGAAAGGAAGAAAGUUCCUGAUUCCCGAAGAGUGACAGGAAGAAAGUCCUGGACGCGGAAAAAAGUGGAAAGGAAGAAAGUCCCGGAUUCCCGAAAAGUGGAAAGGAAAAAAGUCCUGGACGCGAGAAAAGUGGAAAGGAAGAAAGUCCUGGAUUCCCGAAGAGUGGACAGGAAGAAAGUCCUGGACGCGGAAAAAAGUUGA